AUGAAACUCUGUUUGCUGGAAGAUUCUGCUCCAGCUUACAAUGCCAGGUCAACUUAGCAGUGGCAUCACAAGAACAUUCCGGAGUCCAUCUCUGCCUCGGAUUGGCCCUCAGAAAGCCCUUAUCUCAACCCACUAGAUUAUCGGCUUUGGUCCGAACUGGAGAGGAUGGCAUGCCGCAGAGCACACCCUAA